AUGGGCAAAGGGGAAGAGUCGGACAAGAUCACCAUCAACGUCGGUGGCACCCGACACGAGACCUACAAGAGCACCCUCCGGACUUUGCCGGGCACCCGCCUGGCCUGGUUGGCCGACCCCGGCGCCCAGAGCAACUUUGACUUUGAUGGGAAAAGCAACGAGUUCUUCAUCUUCUCCUACGUGCUCAACUACUACCGCACGGGCAAGCUGCACUGCCCCGCGGACAUCUGCGGGCCCCUCUUCGAGGAGGAGCUCACCUACUGGGGCAUCGACGAGACCGACGUGGAGCCCUGCUGCUGGAUGACCUACCG